AUGGGGCUCAGAUUGCUUAGAAGUCACAUGAUCACACAUACUGUAGAUGCUCUUUGUAAGCAGAAGACAUGUGAGAAAAACUUUAGUUCUUCAACUUCUCUUCAAGAGAGAACCCACACUGGAGAGAAGCUCUCUCAGUUCAAACACGGUAGAAAAACCCUCAUAAAUUAUCCAAGUUUUCAAAUACAUGAAAGAAGCCACACUGAAGAGAAACGCUAUAAAUGUAGUGUUUGUGGGGAGGCCUUCAGAUAUCGCACUUCCUUAAAAAGACACAAAUGGAUUCACAUAGCAGAAAAACCCUAUACAUGUAAGGAGUGUGGAAAAGCAUUCAAACAAAACUCUUCCUUACAAAUACAUGAAAAACUUCACACAGGAGGGAAACCAUAUAAAUGUCAGCACUGUAGUAAAGCCUACAAUCACCGCAGCUCCCUUGGAGCACACAUGAACAUACAUACUGGGAAUAUUCCUUACCAGUGUAAGGAAUGUGGAAAAGUAUUUGCUCGCCUUAGUUGGUAUCAAAGACAUGAACAAAUGCACACUGGAGUGCAACCCUAUGAAUGUAAACAAUGUGGUCAAACCUACAGACGUUAUAGUUCCUUACAAAUACACGAAAGAAGUCAUACAGGAGUGAGGCCUUUUAAAUGCAAGGAAUGUGAUAAAGCCUACGCUAGUAAUAAAAACCUUCAGAUCCAUUUGAAAUUGCACACUGGAGAGAUACCCUAUAAAUGUAAAGAAUGUGGUAAAACCUACAAAGAUGAUCGUUCCUUUAAAAUACAUGAAAGAAAUCAUACAGGAGUGAGGCCAUUUAAAUGCAAGGAAUGUGAUAAAGCCUUCAUUUCUAGAAAAGUCCUUCGGAUGCAUUUAAAAGUUCACACUGGAGAGAGACCAUAUGAAUGUAAAGAAUGUGGGAAAACCUAUACUGAUAGCUCUUCUCUUGAAAGGCAUAUGAGGACUCACUGA